AACUAUACUAAAUAAAAAACAGGUAAGGUACCCAGACUAGACCAUUUAUUAUUACUUCAAUAACUACAAAAUUAAAUAAAAUAAACGACUUUUAAUACUUCAAUUUCUACAUAAGAAACUGUGUCGUUUUGAAAGGUUUAUCUAUUUAUAUCGUUCUUUUCAGUUUCUGAUUUUAGAUAAAGAUUAUAAAAACCUGUUUAAGUGGUAUUUAAGUAUGGUUUGAGACGUGCUUAACUUUCUAUUCUCAAUUCAGAAACCGGGUGUUACUUGUGUGCAAAGGAUGUAGCAUCUAACUAGUUAAAAUAGCAUUCUUAUUAUUUAGAUGACAUGUUAUUUUAUUCAUUUACAUUCACAUUGCCAUAUUGAUAAAAGCUUUUGAAAAGUUCAUCAGUGCUGUUGGGUUUCGGGUAGUUCAAUCAUCGUAGAAAUUGUUUAACAACACAUUGUUUGCUUGGUGUGCGAUGUAGGCAGGAGUGUCGCAACAUGUUGUUUGGUAGCACCAACAACCCGUACCACACGGGCCGCACCACGGGCGGCUCCAGCGGGGGCGAGGCCGCGCUCGCCGCCGCCUUCGCCUCGCCUAUAUCACUAUGCUCAGACAUCGGUGGGUCGACCCGGAUGCCAGCGUUCUUCUGCGGUCUGUUCGGCCUCAACCCUACCGCGGGUCACACCAGCCUUAAGGGUUUGUUCAAAUUGUAUAAUAAAUGAUCUGUAUACGUUAUUAUAUUAUAUACAAUUAUUAUUUUAAGUAUUCAUUUAGUAAGAGCAACGGAACAAG